AUGCCGAAAUUCAGCCAGUGGAUUCGCAAGAUAACCCAUCGCGGCGGCCAGACAGACGGGCACAGCGAGCAGCCUGCGCGGCGUCCACCACCGCGCCGUCGUCUCCAGCGGCCGCGGACGCCCCUGAUACCGAUCCUGCCUGCUAACCGGCGGCCGCUGUCGCUGUCAUAUCCCACCAGCGUGCCAGACGAGCAGCGGGCGACGGAGAACAGCCUCUUCUUCACGCGGCUGCCGCCUGAGAUCCGGCGGAUGGUGUAUAUUGCCAUGUUUGGGGCGCGGACGAUACAUGUCAGCCUGAACUAUUCCACCUCGUACGUGGCCGGGAAGGCUCACGCUCGCCUCGACACCAUCAAGCGGACCGACGACUACAACCUGCAAUGGCGGUGGUGGCACUGCGUCUGCCAUCGGUACAGAAACCUCCCUUUCUGGAACGACCGCUGCCAGCUGCCACAGUAUACGUCCUGCCGUGCUCACUAUGGAGAUCAUUCAAGCUGCUUCAUCGGAGUGCUGGAGUGGCUCCUCACGUCUCGCCAGUGCUAUACGGAGGCGAUGUCAGUCCUAUAUCACACCAACACAUUCAUUAUCAACGACGAGUUCUACGAUGGCCUCUUUUUCAAGCUGCCAGAUUUGAUCCCGGCACAUCAUAUCAGGGGGAUCACCUCGCUUGAGCUAACAUCUAGAAUCAUCCCGGACGGCGAUGCCAUUGACGUCGGAGACCACGCUGCACUCGUUGCAUUCCUGUGCUCUUUCUUCCCUCACUUACGCUGCCUGCGGCUGCACAUCAGGAGAGGCGGUCGUUUCAUAGAGAGGAGCACCCACACAGUAUCCGGGUGGAUUCAGCCUGGCCUUGAAGGCUACCGUCUUGUAGGUGCGGCGAUCUUCUAUACGACUGACCAGCUGGUACAUCAUUACUCGACCAAGUUGAAAUGUCUAGAGAUUGCCUUGGAUAAGUACAUCUACACCAGGGUCCUUAUGGUCCAGCCGGAGGCCGUUAUCAAAACAGAGGAGUCGCAUCCACGGCAGUCCUGGCGCAGAUUCUGGCGACAGGUGGUCACCUACGACGGACUAGAUCUAGGCUAUUAUGUCAUGGAGGCGGAGGAUCAGGUUCUCAUUCCGAUAGACACAUGCUUAUAG